UCGCGGCUUGCGCGUGACGUGUGGACGUACCCACUGACGCAUCGCCAGCCGCAGUGUCCAUGGCAACGGGGCCUGGGCCGGUGGAGGUCGCGUAAGGCGCGGGUGGAGGAGCAGCAAGCGGUUGUUUCUGUGGGGACGAUGCCCCGGUUGAGUGAUACCUUAUGGGACAUAGCUGUGGCUGAAGUUUCUAAAAAUAGUGAAGAGAAAGAAAAUGAAGAAGACUUGGAAACAAGGGAACGAUCUGUAUUUUUCCUGGGAAGCAAGAGUGGGGGGAAAACUACAAUUAUACUCAGAUUCCUUGACAGGGAUGAAGUUUCAAAGCCAACGUUAGCUUUGGAAUAUACUUUUGGAAGAAGAGCAAGAGGACAUAACACCCCAAAAGAUAUUUCUCAUUUUUGGGAACUAGGUGGUGGAACCUUGUUAUCUGAUCUUUCCCAGAUUCCAAUCACUGUUGACAACGUAAGGACCCUUUCUGUUGUUUUGGUAUUAGACCUUUCCAAACCCAAUGACCUGUGGCAAACCAUGGAAAAGCUACUGACUGUGACAAAGAACCAUAUAAACAAAACUAUGAAUGAACUAGGUAAAAAAGAUUCCAUUAAUAUAAAUGAGAUCAAGCAAAGAUCGUGGAAAAAUUUACAGAAGAAUCACCCGGACUGGGAACUUGUUGAUCCAUUUCCUCUUCCUCUAGUUAUAAUUGGAAGCAAGUAUGAUAUUUUACAGAAUUUUGAAUCUGAAAAAAGAAGAGUAAUUUGCAAGACAUUGCGUUUUGUUGCUCAUUACUAUGGAGCUUCACUAUUGUUUUACAGCAAUAAAUCAGAAGCUACGGUAUCUAAGUUGCGAACUGUCCUGAACAAUUUGGCAUUUGGCACAGACAGAAGCAAAACAAUAUCUGUGGAGUACAACAAACCAUUGUUUGUCCCCGCUGGAAUGGACUCAUUGAGUCAGAUUGGAUCUCCACCUGCUACUGAAGUUGACUUGGGCAAAAUAAAUGCACGGAAUCCGAUUGAUCUGUGGAAGAAAGUAUAUGAGAGGUUAUUCCCAUGUGAGAGUACUGGAGAAUUCAAAGAUAUUAUGGAUCCAGCCAAAGUACCACAGUAUGCUGAACCUGAGGUGGAUGUAAUGAGGACACAAAAGGACCAGGAACUUGAACAAUAUAAAAGAAAUGCAUCAAAAUCAUGGAAAGAAAUGGAAUUUGACAUGCAUGGUAGAUAAUUGAACAUUCAGUAUUCAAUGGUGCAAUUUGAAUUUGAAAAUAAUUUUUGUAGUCCAUAAUUAACUUUUUGGCAAUUAUCUAGAGUGCCAUUAUAUGUGCAUUGUUUUAACAUUAUUCUUUUGUACAUUAACUAGUAUUGCACAUUUCAUUUCUGUUUCAGUAAAUUAAAUGUUCUAUUUCCUCUUCAAAUUUAUUGAGCCUAAUAAAUGUCGAUGAAAAAAUU